AGCCAGGAAGAGACAGACCAGCGGGACAAGAACCUGCCAAGGUCCCGUCUCUCCCCUCCCUCUGGUGUAGAGCCAUGGCACGACGCUCCCAGAGUUCCUCCCAAGGGGACAACCCUCUGGACCCCAACUACCUCCCACCACACUACAAGGAGUAUUAUCGUAUCGCCAUUGAUGUCUUGACCGAAGAAGGUCCUACGGGCUAUGAGCGCUUCCUCACUGACGAGGGGGCUCCUGACUUUCUAUGUCCGUCAGAAGUUGACCACAUCUCCAAAAACCUUCUGAGACCCCCGGAGCCCACCCAAGAAAGCAUGUACACAGACUCUGUCUACAACCCGCAGGAUGAUGAUGGUUCCUCAGGGACUUACUGGCCCAUGCACUCCGACACAGCCGCCCCAGAGCUGGAUCUUGGCUGGCCAACUAUCUUUGGCUUUCAGGGGACGGAGGUGACCACACUAAUACACCCGCCACCUGCUGAAAGCCCCACCAUCAAAGAGGAGGUGCGCAGGAUGAUCCGCUCUGCCCAGCAGGUCAUUGCCAUCGUCAUGGACAUUUUCACUGAUGUGGACAUCCUCUCCGACCUGCUCGACGCAGCUGCCCGGCGUGUCCCCGUCUACAUCAUCCUGGACCACAUGAAUUCCGAGCACUUCCUGGACAUGGCCGCCAAGUGUCGGGUCAACCUGAAUUUGGUGGAGUUCCUCAGAGUCCGGACACUGGCUGGUCCCACCUACUUUUGUCGGAACGGCACCACCUUCAAGGGGAACUUGCUGGAAAAGUUCAUUCUGGUGGACUGUUCGGUGGUCCUAAGCGGCACUUACAGUUUCAUGUGGUCAUUUGAGAAGAUCCACCGAAGCAUGGCGCACAUCUUCCAGGGUGAGCUGGUCUCCAGUUUUGAUGAAGAGUUCCGGGUCCUCUUCGCCCAGUCGGACCCCCUCAUUCCUCCCGAGAGCGUACUAUUGAAUAUGGAAAAGCCAUUCAUGGGGAUGGUUCCUUUCGCCGGCCCUCGCCCAUUCUUCGAGCGGAAGAUGCAGUUUAUGUUCCCCCGGGACGACAGUUCUCAGAACUCAUUCAACUCCUUUGGGGUCGACCCUGACCGCCAUUUUCUUCAUGGCUUUCGGAGGGAGGAAAUGAUGAGACAGGCAAUGGAGAACCCGGGCAUGAGGAUGCAUGGGCAAGGCGGGGCGAGGUUCCCUGAUCAGCAGUUGUCUUUUAUGCAGAACAAACAGCUGGAGAUGGAUGCUUUUAAGAGGCACAGUUUUGCUGAAGGCACCUUCGAGAACUACAGCGCCUCAAAGCAGUACUCGAGGCAGAUGUAUACGAACACCGACAAUAACGAGUACCGGUUCCAAUCAUCAAGCCAGUUUCAGAAAAGUCAGUUUGUCCAGAUGGAUCGCCCAGGGAGGACUCAGGGACUGUUUGAGAAAAUCAGAGGCAGCAGAGGUUUGCAAGAUACGGAAGAGAUGGACUCGAGGUUUCCUCCUUUCAGGGCUUUGCAAGGGGAAGGCAAUUUUCCUGUUGAAGGACCUCACACAAGGCUUGGCUAUAACCCUUCAAAUUCAUCCCGAGAAGUUAGACACGGCUCAGACCAGGUAGUACUUGGAGAUGAGGGUAGAUUUGGGCAGAGGUCACAAUCACGGCAGAAAUUCAUGUGCCAAAUAUCACCCACACAUAAGCAGGGCACAGAGCAGAGACACUUUUUCCACGACCAAGAUGCUGAUAAAAAAGACCAAGAAAACAAGCAAGGCUUACGCAGCUGGCGUAUCUCAUCGUACCUAAGUGGUAUUCAGCCAGACAAUGAUGAAGAAGGGAUGCCAUUGGCCAUAGACUCGGAACCCUUCGACGAUACAACAGUUGAAAGACCAUCUAUGAUAAACCCGUAUGAGACCCUCGUAAAGUAUUCUGUUGAUCCUAUACCCGCCUACAAGCCUGUAACAGCAAUUAAUGACGUCCCUAUGUUGUCUGAAACAUCAAAGGAGAUAUCAGUAUUAGAGAAGGAAAAAGAAGACACCUUCCUGUCAAGACAUGACUCUUUCCGGACAAGGACCAACCCCUUGAUCCAAAGAAGUUCCCGUCUAAGAUCCUCGCUUAUAUUUAGCAACUCCAAGGUAGAGCAACACAGUUCUACUGUUGAGGCAAUGCAGAGUGUUCAGAAAGAGCAAAGCACCGCCGAGAUAGUCCGAGACAAUGAAAUUGUAAAGAAGUCCUCUAAGGUGGCGGAGAUUUUGGAGAAAUAUCGAAGUGUAAACAAAGAUGGCGAAACUACCGCAGUGACGCAAACCAAAGCAGCGGCUGCAGUCAUCCAAGAGGAAUCGGAGGACGGACAGAAGAAAAGCACUGAAACUGUAGCGUUCAAAUCUCUAGAGUCAAAGCUGACGGACAAAGAUUCAUUUAGCCGAACCCUCCUUGAAUCCCAGUAUCGUUCUUCGUUCACGUCUCAGUUCCAGGACCUUUAUAGCAAAGAGAAAGUCACCAGUUCCUUCACCAAAAUUGAGCAGGAGAUGUCAAGUUUUCAGACAACCGAAAGCAACAUCCCUGCUCUUCCCGAGAAGAGGGAGAGUGGACCCAUCAUCACUGAGGUUGUAGACCCACCCAAGCUACCAGAGAUCGAACCUCCAAAGCCCAAAAAUCUAGCUAGCUCCGGUCUUUCAUUUGGCAAUGCUCUUGAAAGUAUGUCACAAAACCCAACUCCUGUCCAACCUACUUCACCCGCUACCUCCUUGCCCAAGUCGGAGGAAGAAUUGUCCAAAGCAGAGACUCCCAUGGAGUUCAUCCGGAAGGGGUCGUUGAGGCUGAAACAGUUUUUGCAGUCCAAGGCUGAGAAGAAGGCAGAUGAAGAUCUGUCUUCUGAUGCAGUUAAAGUCGAGAAACAGAAUAGCGCACUCAGACGGUUCUCUAAAACGGAGAUCACGGAAUCUGCCCCUGGAGUGGACGCGGAAGACAAGACCACAAAAGUCAUAUCUGCUUCUCCUCCAAAAACGUCAUCGAGCAGCCAGAGCAGGUUGUCCUCUUCAACCUCCAAUGUCAUCUUCAGCAGCAACCUACGUGAUGACACCAAGGUGAUCUUAGAGCAAAUAUCUGCCAACAGCCAGAAAAACCGGGCAGAAAUGGCCAAGCAAUCCCAAACCUUGUCCACCAAUGACUCGGAGGUGACAUCUCCUAUCACAAACUCAACCGAGACCAAAGCAGAGGAGAGCCCUACUCACGACUUAUCUACCUUAAGUAGGAGCGGGAGCUUCCUAAGCAGGAGCCGUUUUUCACGCCCAUCGCCAACCUCCCCAGAAGACAGGGACAAUCUGCUGAGGAGGAUGGAGAGCAUAAGGAAGGAGAAGAGAGUCUACAGCAGGUUUGAAGUGUUUUGUAAAAAAGAUGAGGAGGCCGAUGAUGACCCAAAGGACAAGAAAGGAGGAAAAUUCAUGCCUAAGCUUUUAGGGUCUUUAAUCAAGAAAUGAUCGUUGGCAGGGUACUAAUACCAUCUGGUGCCAACUCCACCUCAUCUCCUGAGGACUUCAUCGUGUUAUCAAAGCCAGCAGAGGUGUUAUAUAUAUCGGACUUUCUCCAUUACUUUUGUGGGGUCCUAAAGAGGUACAAUAGACCACAGACUGAUUAUACAGAGAUGAGCAAUUUACUUGCCAACUGGC